AAGGGCCCAGAGCUUUGGCCCGCGGACCUUUUCCUUCUGGAGUUACUCCGGUGGGUAUUAGUCCUUGUGGCACCAAGUCAGAAUUUCAUUCAAAAGACCAUUAGGAAGAUGGUUUUCUAUGGAAAAUAUUUAAGUAUAAGUCUUAAUGUGAAAGAAAGAGAGAGAGAAAGAAACCCCUUUAUUAUGUUCUCCCUUCCUUUGGCAUUUUUUGUCCUGUGGGAAAAAACUGUACUAGGGACAGAGACCCCUGUUAGGUUUUAGAGAAAAGGGAUUUUUUUUUUUUUUUUUUUGAGACAGAGUCUUGCUCUGUCGCCCAGGCUGGAGUGCAGUGGCAAGAUCUCGGCACACUGCAACUCCGCCUCCUGGGUUCAAGCAAUUCUCCUGCCUCAUCCUCCCGAGUAGCUGGGAUUACAGGCGCCAGCCAUCACCCCCGGCUAAUUUUUGUAUUUUUAGUAGAGACCGAAUUUCACCAUGUUGGCUAGGCUAGUCUGGAACCCCUGACUUCGUUAUCCGCCCGCCUCGGCCUCCCAAAGUGCUGGGAUUACAGGCGUGAACCACCGCGCCAGGCCGAGAAAAGGGAUUUAAAAUGAGAAGCUUGAAUCUUAUUGAAUAUAAUUGUAGGACUGUCAGAGAGGACUGGUGGAUGAGGAAUAUGGCAAGGGACAAAAGAUGGGAAAAAUUAAAUAGGCUGUGGUUUGGAAGUCUCAAAGUGAAAUUCAAGGUGCAAGGCUCUUAAAAGUUAAAUCCAGCGAUUCGGUACAUAGCUUAGCCCCUAUUAAAUGACCCAGUGCUUUAAGAACUAUCUUUUGAAAGGAAUGCUUCACACAUGCACCCUCAAAAAUAAUUGGACACCUCCUCACUUCUCUGUUAAAUGGUGAAAGACACCCAAGACUAGACCUAACUACUGUCACCCUCUCCUGCCCUCUUGGCAGCCAAAAGGCCACAUAGCCCAGGCUCUCCAGCAUCACUGUGUAGCCGACUUGGACAAAAAUUGACUUCUUCCCGUUGCCACUUUCAGAUCUCUUGAAAGAAUCAGCAGAUGUGAUAGUGUGCCCCUCUUCAUCCCUGGCAACCACUGUUACAGGAAAGAUUGGGAAAGAUCCCGCCCCGCCGGGAGGGAGGCAAAAGCCUCUGACCCUCCCCUCCCCCAAUAGCUGACCAAGGCCAGGGCCACUGCGGAAGCGUCGCGCGUCCACGUGCACCCAGCAUGCCCGGCCACCCUUCUUACGUAAGAGUCCCAGGAUGGAGUUGUACCUGCUGCUGGCCCCUCUUCCCCGACGGCUAAUAAUAAACCCGGGUUCCUGUUUCCCGGCCGCGGCCACUCCAGAUUCGGGGUUGAGGGGCUCACUCUGCAACCAAGACACGUGCAUUCCAGUCAUCCUACCCCGGGAGCGCACGCAAGGCCCGCCCAGCCCCCACAUGCCAGCCCACCCUCCAGUCGGUCGGGACGCCGGCGCCUUUUUGACCCUCGCAGUGCCCGGCCCUCCUCCAACUGGCCUACCCAGGACUUGGUGCUGGCGGGGUCCAGCUGCUCCAAUCCCUCCUCCUCUGCCCUGCCCUGCUCUGCCCUGGCGCCCUCCCUCAGCCCGGGUAUCAGGCGAGAGGCGGAGCUGGCCCGGCGCGCCCCGCCCCCGCUGUAGAAAGGGCCGGGCGAGUGUUACUCGCGGUCAUCCUGGCCCGGGCCUUUUAUCUCGGUGCUGCCGGGGGAGGCGGGAGGAGGAGACACCAGGGGUGGCCCUGAGCACCGGCGACACCUUUCCUGGACUAUAAAUUGAGCACCUGGGAUGGGUAGGGGGUCAACGCAGUCACCGCCGCCCGCAGUCACAGUCCGGCCACUGACCGCAGCAGCGCCCUUGGGUAGCAGCCGCUUGCAGCGGGAACACUGAAUUGCCAACGAGCAGGAGAGUCUCAAGACGCAAGAGGAGGCCAGGGCUCGACCCACAGGCCACCCUCAGCCAUCGCGAGUUUCCGGACGCCAAAGCCAGGAGAAGCCGCCCAUCCCGCAGGGCCGGUCUGCCAGCGAGACGAGAGUUGGCGAGGGCGGAGGAGUGCUGGGAAUCCCGCCACACCGGCUAUAGCCAGGCCCCCAGCGCGGGCCUUGGAGAGAGCGUGAAGGCGGGCAUCCCUUUGACCCGGCCGACCAUCCCCGUGCCUCUGCGUCCCUGCGCUCCAGCGCCCGCGCGGCCACCAUGAUGCAAAUCUGCGACACCUACAACCAGAAGCACUCGCUCUUUAACGCCAUGAAUCGCUUCAUCGGCGCCGUGAACAACAUGGACCAGACGGUGAUGGUGCCCAGCUUGCUGCGCGACGUGCCCCUGGCUGACCCCGGGUUAGACAACGAUGUCGGCGUGGAGGUAGGCGGCAGUGGCGGCUGCCUGGAGGAGCGCACGCCCCCAGUCCCCGACUCAGGAAGCGCCAAUGGCAGCUUUUUCGCGCCCUCUCGGGACAUGUACAGCCACUACGUGCUGCUCAAGUCCAUCCGCAACGACAUCGAGUGGGGGGUCCUGCACCAGCCGCCUCCAGCGGCUGGGAGCGAGGAGGGCAGUGCCUGGAAGUCCAAGGACAUCCUGGUGGACCUGGGCCACUUGGAGGGUGCGGACGCCGGCGAAGAAGACCUGGAGCAGCAGUUCCACUACCACCUGCGCGGGCUGCACACUGUGCUCUCGAAACUCACGCGCAAAGCCAACAUCCUCACUAACAGAUACAAGCAGGAGAUCGGCUUCGGCAAUUGGGGCCACUGAGGCGUGGCGCCCGCGGCUGCCCAGCACCCUCUUCGACCCAUCUCACCCUCUCUCAUUCCUUAAAGCUUUUUUUUUGUUUUUCCUGGCUGGGGGGCGGGAAGGGCAGACUGCAAAUUGGGGGGCUGCGUACGUGCAGGAGGCGAGGUGGGGCUGCGUGGAGGAGGGGGCCUCGUGUGAGAGAGAAGAAAAUGGUGGCCGGAGAGGGGAGGGCCCAAGGAACCUCCUGGGAGGGGGCCUGCAUUCUAUGUUGGUGGGAAUGGGACUGGGCUGACGCUCUGCAUUCAGCCUGUGCCUUUCCUGGGGUUUCUUUUCUGUUCUUUUCGGAGGAGAAGGGCCCGAGAAGGGCCAUACCAGGGCGCGGCGCUGGGUUGCCACACUUGGGAAAGCAGCCCGGAGCUGGGUGCUGGGGAAGGCGGGGCGCAUAGCCUCCCGCCGCCCUGCGGUUGGGCCGGUGGAGGCCCAGGCGUUGCUAGGAUUGCAUCAGUUUUCCUGUUUGCACUAUUUCUUUUUGUAACAUUGGCCCUGUGUUAAGUAUUUCGAAUCUCCUUCUUGCUCUGAAACUUCAGCGAUUCCAUUGUGAUAAGCGCACAAACAGCACUGUCUGUCGGUAAUCGGUACUACUUUAUUAAUGAUUUUCUGUUACACUGUAUAGUAGUCCUGUGGCACCCCCACCCCAUCCCUUUCGUGCCACUCCCGUCCCCACCCCCACCCCAGCGUGUAUAAGCUGGCAUUUCGCCGGCUUGUACGAAGCUUGCCACUCAGUGAAAAUAAUAACAUUAUUAUGAGAAAGUGGACUUAACCGAAAUGGAACCAACUGACAUUCUAUCGUGUUGUACAUAGAAUGAUGAAGGGUUCCACUGUUGUUGUAUGUCUUAAAUUUAUUUAAAACUUUUUUUAAUCCAGAUGUAGAUUAUAUUCUAAAAAAUAAAAAAGCAAAUGUGUCAACUAAACUGGACAAGCGUCUGGUCCUCAUUAAUCUGCCAAUGAAUGGUUUCAUCAUUAAAUAAAAAUCAAUUGAUUU